AUGGCAAUCCCUAUCCGAAAGUUAACUCAGACCGGCUAUUUCCACGAUCAACCGGAUCUAGAGACUGUUAGAGAUCGCCUUCCAAUAUUUACCGCCGACGAGCCCGAACAAAUUGUUGACGCCUUUGAGGCCGGCCUGAAUUCUCUUUCUCAGCCAUCCUCGCCAGUAUCGGUACAGCAAGCAGCACAAACGCUGGUUUCCGAAAUCAAAAUAAUUUUACCCCUGGCGGCGAAUAAGAAUGAGCAUGCAUUCUUUCUGGGGAAGCUGUGUUCGCUCUUUAUGCGUAUUGCGCAGCAAGUUCCAAGUCGACAUAUUGGUCAGGAACUACUUGUUCAUACUGUCAAACUGAUUCAGAUCUCACCGGAGGAGGCAUGGCGUGAUGGAUGGCCAAGCGCACUGGGCAUGAAAAUGAGGGACGGCUGGAUUGGAUUCACUACGGAAGACGGACAUAACGAGGAUGAGGUCCUGACUCCUGAUGAGUGGCUUAACCUCAAUUCCUACUGUGCUCGUUUGUUUGGGACAACAAGAUGGUACAACUUUGCUAUUUGGCAGUUGAGAGAGGGCUUGGAAACGAAGCUUGGCCCUAACUCACACGAAAAUGAUUGCAAGAUCGCCGUUGCUAGCGAGUGGAUCAUUCAAGCAGGGCCAGAGCUUCUUGUUGAGACCUUGCUAAAUGAAGAUAUUAGUGAGGCAGAGAAGAGAGCAUACUGUGGUCAUGAACUGUGGACUGGUAUGCCAGGGCUAAGUACUGAGAGAUGGGGAUUCUGGAAGCGUCGUCUUGGUGAAGUCAAGCCUAGCGUCAAAAGCCGGCCUGCGUUAGCUUAUUUGGAGAAUGCAGAACGGGUGAUGACGGCUGUGGAGAAAGACUUGGCUUCAUCGAUGUCAUGA